CUGCAAGAACCCAUACUGCUACGUUAAAAUGGUAGGAUCUCGCAUAGCAACAACAGAUUCUGACCCGAUCAUUCACCUAUUUCCGUCAUCAGCUCCCUCCUACUCAUACGAAAACUCUUCGAGUGCCUCGGUUUGUGAUUCUAACGGCAAUCGCUUGAAAGUCUUCCUCAUUCAAACUGCAAAGGGUUUAUUCUCCUCAUCUGGCGGUUAUAAAGCAAACCUGUGUUUCCUACGUUUUUUGGCUUCCCGCGGCCACUCUGUCCGCCAACUAUGUUACCCCCAUCGUGGUGAGGUGGAUACUUAUGUUCAGACCUUGGCCAGGUAUGGGGAUCGGGAUCCGGAACAUUGUUCGAAGCGGCUGCAUCUGCGAGAUGAGCAUGGACAGCCUGGAAUUGACGUCAAUGUAGAUUAUCUGGCUUUGGAAGAUGGUGUUCAGAUCGUAGCAUUGGACAAAGAAGCCUUCGACGAAGCCUUCGGUGGGAAGAUAGAUAUCCACAACGUGAUAUCCAAGGAAACAGCAGCGUAUAUCGAGGAAAGACGACUAUCAGCACGGCUACAUGACUACGUCCUUUUCUUGCAACAAGAAACCAUACGAUUCGCGCCGACACACAUCAUCUUCAACGAUGGUCUCUCCAUGCAAGCCACCUCGGCUCUAGAGCUACCUAAUCUCAAAGCUUGCCGCAUUGCCGUCAUACAUACUGCGGAACAACUGCCCUUUGGUCCCUUUUUCGGCGGUAUGCCUGGUCACGUAAGCUCGCCAUGCGAGUCUAAGCUCCUUCAAGAGCUUGACGGUGUAUGGAGCGUUUCCAAUGCUAUUAAAACAUACGCUUUGACGCAUGGGCGGCUGGCUACAAAGUUCCUUGUGCACCAUCCUUGGACAUAUCUAGAUGAGAGAACGCACGGAAUGCCGAUCCACCUCCACAAUUGGAACAAAAGAUUUGUCGGUAUGAUUAAUCCUUGUAAAGUCAAAGGUUCUCAGAUUCUUGCCAGUCUGGCGAAGAUGUGUCCUCAGCACGAAUUCUUGGUCUACAAGAGCUGGGGCUUUGACGACAGAGUUGGUGAAGAAUUGACAACACUGCGCAACCUCACAAUACGGUCAUCUUGCACAGACAUGGAAGAGGCAUGGCGAGAUAUCAAAGUGCUCCUGGUUCCCUCUCUCUGGUUUGAAGCGUGGGGAAUUGUAGUCAUCGAAGCCCACCUCCGCGGCAUCCCAGUCAUUUCAUCCGAUGCAGGCGCACUUACUGAGGCUAUGCUCGGACUUGAUCAUGUCAUUCCCGUUGUCCCUAUCCAAGGAGAACUUGACGAAGAGGGGGAAUAUAUUGUACCUAGGCAAGACACCCAGCCAUGGAAGAAGACUUUGAACAGGCGGAUGAGUGAUAAAGAUGAGUACGAGAGGCUUUCAGACAAGGUGCGGAGCGUGACGCAGAAGUGGCUCUGGGAUAUUGACGAAAGGGAACUUGAAAGAUGGUUGAUAGAUCUACCAUUACGGGCGGGCUAG